AUGGUGAGAAACUCAAUUAGGAAGGAGAUAGGAAAUGCAAAAUUUUGUAUCCUUAUUGAUGAAGCUCAAGAUGAGUCAAAAAAGGAGCAAAUGGCGGUCAUCUUGAGGUUUGUAGAUGGUGAUGGUUUAGUUCAAGAACGAUUCUUUGAUGUUGUCCAUGUUAAUGAUACUAGUGCAAUGACCUUGAAAAAUGAAUUGGUAUCUGUUCUUUCUCGUUUCAACCUUGAAGUUGAAAAUAUCCGAGGUCAAGGAUAUGAUGGUGCUAGUAAUAUGCGCGCAUCAAGAGAAGUAGUUCAUAUUCAUGAAUUGUUUACGCAACUCACACUUGUUGUAAAUAUUGUUACUGCUUCUUCUAAAAGGCAUGAUCAAUUGCAAGCCGCUCAAGAAAUUAACAUCACAAAUAUGAUUGCUAAUGAUGAACUUCAAACGGGUAAAGGUGCAAAUCAAGUGGGUGCAAUCCGGAGAGGUGGAGAUACUCGAUGGAGCUCUCAUUUUCAAUCCAUUUGUAGCUUAAUGAAAAUGUAUGAUGCAGUCUGCACUGUUAUUGAUAAUGUUAUUGAUGAACGGGCUACUUAUUCUCAAAUAAAGAGGUGA